CCUGCCUGAUACAAGGCAGGGACCCCAAAAAAAUAAUUUUGUGGGCAGUCCAGAACAGCAGGUUAGCCCAUACACGCGCCGCGGGAGCGGCACACGCACGACCCUGCGGGACUGAAUUGCCUCACGGACCGCCACCGGUCCACCAACGGACUAUAUUCCCGUGGUGCGGGGUAACGUGAAAAGACGUUGCCGAACUGCAGCGGGCUCCUGCAGGCCCACUGUCGCGGAGGACAUUCUGGAUGGCAGCGCGGCGAGGACGCCGCCCCAGAGAGAGAGGCGGGAGGUGAGUGCCCUGCCCCAUGGCAAACGGCCCUGCGGGGGCACACUUACUUUUUGUGUUGCAGGCAGGGACUGCCCGGAUCCGCAUCGGUGGCAACAGCAUGCCGAUCCUCGGGCUGUCGUCGACGCAGAGGCAGCAGCACGAGGGGCUGCAAAGACGGAGUCGCUGCAGCUCGACAGGCCGCAGCAGCUGAGAAGCUGCUUGGAGCGACAUCACCGCACCAGGAGAAACAGAGCCAAAAUGGCCAAGGACCGGAAGUCUCACUCUGAGGCGGGCACGGGAAUGGUUGGUGUGUCUGGUGUGCCUGCCGAUGAUUGGAUGGAGGCGGGCCUCAGGAAUGUCAAUCCCGUGUUGAAGAAGCACUCGAUGGGGCCGGAGGAAGAGCACCGCAGGGGGUGGCCGGCGGAUCUGCCUGACUGCAAGGUAGGGCAGCCGUCGGAUAACCCUUUGUGCUUGCAGGUAAUACGCAUCAUCCGUAAAUGUUUGAUGGAGCUGGAGGUGAAGGCAAACUCGUCCAUGAAGACGCUACGACAGUGGGCAGAUCGGCUCAGCGCUGGAGACUUCAGCCGGAUCGACGCGGCUGGGAAGUACGGGAUGUGUUGCUGGGUGCACACGUCUGAGGAAUGGCUGUCCUCUGCGGAGGCAGAGGGAGAAUCCUGGGCAGCUGGAGGAGCGCCUGCGAGAGCAGUCCCGGCAAUGAAGAACGGACGGGCAUGGAACCCACGGCGGAGGCACCGAUCAGGCAAGUCAAGGGCUAGCAACAGGGGGGGAGCGCUGCAGGCGUGGAGAUCGAAGGGACUCCCGGUACGAGUGUCCAGGCAGCGCUUCUGGCCCUCCCUUUUGUUUCUUCGCAGGUUUGAAGCCCCGACAUGCCGUUGGACCUACCCCGUUGGGAACCUGCCCUCCUGGAACGGGCUGCUCCGUGGGGAGACUCUCCACUGGUGACCGGAUGGUGCCCCGACUGGCGGGGACUGUAGAGGCGAGAGCGGUGCAGACCAGAGGGGCGAGAAGGCCUCGAAAUGGGUGCCGAAGUGGUGCAUCCCAGGAUCCUGUGGUGGGCCCUGGGUAUGGAGUAGGACUCACUCCGGGGAUGUACUGCCCUCUCGGGAUGUAUCGCUCUGAUGGACGGGUCUUCACUGGCAGUGGGGCACUGUCACGGGCGGCUGGGGGUGGAGCCUAGCCGGGACGCCCAA